GUCGAUGCGGGUAUUGAAAAUCCCGAACCUCACGAGGCAGUCGGACCUUCGGCCGUCGAGCGUCGGGGUGGCCGAAAGUCGCCCGAUGGGCCGCUCGGAGAGGGCGGCGGCGCCGACUUGUUCGGACUGGCUCACGCCGCUCAAGUGCCGCCUCUUUCCGCUAAACGAAAGCAAAAGUUUGACGUUGGAUCAAAACUUGUGCUCUGCCGUCUCAAAUGCUUUCGGGAAAAAAAAAAAAAAAACCGGAAAACUCAAACGAUCUUGUGUUGGAGCCAACGUGACGUCUGGUCAUCAAACGGGCCCUCCUUUCAUUUUUCAUCUUUUCAAAACUUUUAGAAUGUACCAAUAAGAGAAUCUGCAUUGAAAAGUGUAAUUCAUCUCCGACGAUCCGGUUUGGGGGGAUUUGAACCCCAGUCCUCAGAAUGCUGAGGUCAGCGCUCUAUCCAGUUGCAUCAUUAUUCAUCAUAGGUGCUGAAAUAGGAUUUCUUUUUUGAUUGUUUGUCCAGAGCAGCGUUUCUUUGACCCGGUCCUAGCCUUUUAGCUCUCGGUCUCGGUCCUUCAGCCAUAUUCAUGUAUGGAUUGUGUAAUUUUAAAUGUAAUCAGAUCCAUCUUCCGAAAAAUGAAAAAAAAAAAAACGUUGCAAGGAGUCAUCCAAUCACAACGAGGGUCUGUCCCUCUGAAGUCAUCCAAUCACCACCAGGGGCCGUGUCCCUUUAAAAGUGCGACUCCGCCCCCUCCGGUCGGGCUGUGCAAGAUGGCGGCCGAGCCCGGAGGUGAAGUUUAUCUGGGCUUCGACUUCAGCACCCAGCAGCUAAAGGUGGUCGCGAUCGAUCACAACCUCAACGUGAUCCAUCAGAACCAAGUGGAGUUUGACUCGCAACUUCCGGAGUUCAGGACGGAGGGGGGCGUCCACGCGGGCGCUGACGGUCUGACGGUCACGUCGCCCGUCCUGAUGUGGGUGGAGGCGCUGGACCUGCUGCUGGAGCAGAUGCGGGAAUCGGGCUUUGACUUCUCCAGGGUGCGAGCGCUGUCGGGCAGCGGUCAGCAACACGGCAGCGUGUACUGGAAAAACGGAGCGGCCGCGACGCUCGGGCGGCUCUGCCCCCGUUUGAGUCUGAGCUGCCAGCUCCAGGACUGCUUCUCCGUGCGCGACUGCCCCGUGUGGAUGGACUCCAGCACCGGGCGGCAGUGUGAGCGCCUGCAGGAGGCAGUAGGGGGCGCCGCCGCGCUGGCAGACGUCACGGGCUCCAGGGCCUACGAGCGUUUCACAGCAAGUCAAAUUGCCAAAAUGUGCGAGGAACGACCGCAAGAGUUCCGGGACACUGAGAGGAUCUCAUUGGUCAGCAGCUUCGCGGCGUCGCUCUUCCUCGGCGCUUACGCCGCCAUCGACUACAGUGACGGUUCCGGAAUGAACCUUCUGGACAUCAGGAGCAAAAAGUGGAGCGAGGCGUGCCUGGAGGCCGUGCGUCCCGGCCUGGACCGCCUGCUGGGAACGCCGCUGCCGUCCGCGUCCGUGCUGGGCGCCGUGUCAUCCUACUGGGUCGGCAGGUUCGGGUUCUCGGACACGUGUGCGGUGGUUGCCUUCACCGGAGACAACCCAGCGUCGCUGGCAGGAAUGAGACUCCAGCAGGGAGAUCUGGCUGUGAGUCUGGGUACGAGCGACACGGCGUUCGUGUGGCUGCAGGACGCCCGUCCGGCCCCGGAAGGUCACGUGUUUGUCAACCCUGUGGACUGGCGGCACUUCAUGGCCUUGCUGUGCUUCAAGAACGGAUCGUUGACCCGCGAGCGGCUGAGGAACCGCUGCGCCGGAGCGUCGUGGGAGCGUUUCUCCGCCGCUUUGAGACAAACUCCUCUCGGAAACGACGGCUUCGUCGGCUUUUAUUUUGACGUGAUGGAGAUCACCCCCCCGGCGUUGGGCGUUCACCUCUUCGACGCAGACGACAACGAGGUGUCGUCCAUGAGCCCCGAGAUGGAGGUGCGGGCCUUGGUGGAGGGUCAGUUCCUGUCACGGCGACUGCACGCCGAGCGUCUGGGCUACUCCAUCAUUCCAGGAAGUCGAAUUCUGGCGACGGGCGGAGCCUCGCGCAACAAAGACAUCCUGCAGGUGCUGUGCGACGUCUUCGACGCCCCGGUUUACACCGCGGACGUGUCCAAUUCCGCUUGCCUGGGCUCCGCCUACAGAGCGCUGCACGGUCUGCUCGACCAAUCGGGAAUGUCCUUUUUUGACGUCCUGAAGAAAGCUCCCGAAGCCCGACUUUCCGCCACACCGCAUCCCCGUGCGCAGCAGGCUGUGGCAGUCCACCAGGGGGCGCCAACACCUACACUCAACUCAGGCUAAUGGGUCCCAUUGUAUUGUGGACUUGCCUCGAGGUUCUGCUCCUUGCUGGUUCAGCUGGACCUGUUUACAAAUGUGGAUGUAUUUUACAGACCUGUCAUGCGGUUACACACAUUUUGGGGGGUACGGGGGGGGGGGGUUCGCAGUUCCCGUCACGGGGUCCCGGACGACGCGCUGACGUUUUUGCUGCUCGGAAAGUCGGCAGCACAACGUCUGAAAUGUGGAAUAACUUUUCCACCGCUAGAGGAGGAAAAUAAAGUUGUUGCAAUUUUCUGC